GUUGUGGACUAACCCACUUGAGGAGCACCUCCUGCUCACUUAUCAAUUCUGCAAUUCGCGCCAGGAGCGCUUAGGUAGCUCAGACUUGAUAGAAUGCAGGUCCUCAAGAGCAAGACUCUGGUUAGCGAUGCUGCUGCGGCACCGCGCGCUGCUCAGCGUGCCACUGUGGCCCGACCGAGCGUUAAGGUGCAAGCGGCACCCCGACUGCCCCCGGACACGCCUAAGGAGCGCGAGGGAGGCCGCGAGUGGCUGGGCACUAUCCUGUCUCGCUUUGGGCCGGUGAAGGACAAGGCGCAGAACACCACGACGCUUGAGUUUGAGAAGCCUCUGCUGGAGCUGGAUAAGCGCAUCAAGGAGGUGCGCAAGGUCGCCGAGGAGAACGGCGUGGAUGUGAGCGCCUCCAUUGCUGAGCUGGAGGGCCGCGCCAAGCAGCUGCGGAAGGAGACUUACAGCCGGCUGACGCCCGUCCAGCGUCUGCAAGUCGCUCGCCACCCCAAUCGCCCUACCUGCCUGGACAUCAUCCUGAACAUCACCGAUAAGUUCGUGGAGCUGCACGGUGACCGCGCGGGUCUCGACGACCCCGCCAUCGUGUGCGGUAUCGGCAGCAUCAAUGGCACGCCGUUCAUGAUGAUCGGCCACCAGAAGGGCCGGAACACAAAGGAGAACAUUCGCCGCAACUUCGGCAUGCCCCAGCCCAACGGCUACCGCAAGGCGCUGCGCUUCAUGCGCCACGCCGACAAGUUUGGUCUGCCCAUCAUCACCUUCGUGGACACGCCCGGAGCCUAUGCCGGCAAGACCGCGGAGGAGCUGGGCCAGGGCGAGGCCAUUGCCGUGAACCUGCGUGAGAUGUUCGGCCUGCGUGUGCCCAUCAUCUCGGUGGUCAUUGGCGAGGGCGGCUCGGGCGGCGCGCUGGCCAUUGGCUGCGCCAACCGCAACCUGAUCAUGGAGAACGCGGUCUACUACGUGGCCUCGCCCGAGGCCUGCGCCGCCAUCCUGUGGAAGAGCCGCUCUGCCGCCGGCGAGGCCACUGAGGCCCUGCGCAUCACCUCGGCCGAGCUGGUGAAGUUCGGCGUCAUGGACCACAUCGUGCCGGAGCCGCUGGGCGGCGCGCACAGCGACCCGCUGGCGGCCUUCCCCAUGAUCAAGGAGAGCAUCCUCAACGUCUACUCCGAGUACGCCGUGAUGAGCGAGGAGGAGAUCAAGCUGGACCGCUACGCCAAGUUCCGCAAGCUGGGCCAGUUCCAAGAGUUUGUGGUCAAGGGCGGUGACUGGCGCACCGCCCUGGCGGAGCGCGCGGCAACCUCCGGCACCACCACCAAGACCGGCGCCUGGGCCGCCACUGAGGCGGAGGCGCGCUACAUCGAGCAGCUGGUGGACGCGGACGAGAAGUGGGAGAAGCUCAUGGCGGAGGGCGCCGAGUGGCUCAACAAGCCCGUGCAGCCGCCGGGCCUGGGCCGGUCAGGCAUCAUGGACGUGGCGGUGUCUAUGGUGGAGGCGCGGCGGCGGAAGCAGCAGCAGGCGGGCCAGGUGCACAAGUCGGCACCCGCCCCCGCCAGCAGCAACGGCGCCGUCGUCAACGCCGCCGCUUAAGCAGCUGCGUUCGGCAUUCCAAAGUAGAGGCGCCAGCGGCGACAUGUCGUGGCGAGGGCAGUCGCGGGGGCGGGGAGGGCGCGGUACCAGCUGGCUUGUAGCAUGCUGCAAGGCGAGCGGACGCCUUGGGUGAAUGCGCCGGCAGCCCGCGUCCAACAGCUCCCGGCUCGCCAGCGCCCAGGCGGGAAAGGCUUUACUUAGCCUGUGGCGGAGCAAUAACGAAUGAGAGUCUCCUAGGUGGUGUAUUUUGAGGUGGCGUGACGCCAGGAGAGAGGGUGUAUGAAGUUAUGUGCGUGGGCCGGGCGCUUGGCUGGGCGCGCGUCGGGGCCAGCCGCUUUCAUGGCUGGCGCCCCUAUCGCGAGUGCAUACGAGGUCCGCCGGCUCCGAACCCGAGCUGACUCAGGUGUAUGGUGUAUUGACGCAGAAAGACCGCGGGGACAGGCCCUAUGCUGCGGUGGGUGCUGCCUGAGAGGGCGCGGGCUGGCAGGGUGCCGAGGCGGUUGCCUCUGUGUCCCCGAGGCCCAGAUUGCCUCGCACGGCGGUCUCAGGCACAAGCAGCUGAGAUGGGUGCUGGGCGGGCCGCUAUGCGGUGCAGGUGACACGACUGUCGACAAUGUUGAAGGAUGGACAUGCGUUGCCCGGGUUGGCCGUGAACUGGAAUAUGGUUGCACGAAGAACAGAAGCAUGCCAAACAGGUUGCAGCAUGGUGCGCUGUGUGUGAGCGGCGGCGCGGACAUUGCCCAAGAGCAGAUACUACAGACGACGCAACGGCGACAUGCAAGCCUUGCAGUGAUAACUACAGAGUAGAGGGGCAACUGUACUGAGAAGCAGGGUCCAAGGCUGUGUACGGUCCUGUAAGCUUGGGUGUUC